AUGGCCACAGAAAGUUUUGCAGACUUCUUGAAUAAGCUCAAGGAAAUCCAUGAGAAAGAGGUCUUAGGACUGCAAACAAAGCUCACAGAGCUGACAACAGAGAAGUGUCGAGAUGCCCAGAGAAUUGAAGAGCUAUUUGCUAAAAACCACCAGCUAAGGGAACAGCAGAAGAUCCUUAAAGAAAAUGUGAAAGUGUUAGAAAACAGGUUGAGAGCAGGUCUCUGUGACAGAUGCAUGGUUGCCCAGGAGCUCGCCAAGAAGAAGCAGAAUGAGUAUGAGAACUCCCACUUCCAGAGUCUCCAGCACAUCUUCAUCCUCACUAAUGAAAUGAACAGGCUGAAGGAAGAAAAUAAAAACCAGAAGGAAGAACUGAAGAGGCUACGGAGCCUGGAUGACAGAACAAAGCACCAAAGAGCCCUCCCCAGAGAAAGCAGCUCCAUCCCGGACUCACCAUUGGCUUUACUCUCCCCAGUAAGCCGGAAACCCAGCACAGACAAAGCAGCUAGCAGAGAAGCAGAAGAAGGGUAUCAUGAACAGCCUGGCGAACAGCUGGGAGAAGAGACGUCUGCAGGGCAGAGAUGUUCUCUGGGCAGUAGGAUUUCUCCAAGUGCUGUUCUCCAAGAAGCACAUGCUCUGGAAAUGACUUCCCAGAGGAUAGCUAACCAGCUGCACGGAACCAUCGCUUUGGUGAGACCUGGCUCCAGACCGUGCCUCCCUGAAAAAAUCUCGGCCAGGAGAGCAACGUCACCACCAGCAAGAAAAAACUCACUGUUCCUGGAGCGUGAGCGCAGCCCCAGCCGUGAGGCUUGCUUAAGAACAAACAAACCAGAUUCCCACAAAGCCACUUCGUCCUAUGGAACUCUCCAACUGACCACCAGGCAGGAGCAGCUCUGCCUCCUUAACAAACAUUUCUCUCUGCACCAGUUUGGACUCAGGAGUAACAGCGCUUCUGCAGAUAGGGACAAUAGCUUGCCAAGCCACUUGCUACAGGCCAGAGAGACUGAAGACAGAACAAGGCUGCAGGAGGAAUGGGAAGAUCAGGCCGCCAUUUUAGAACUCCCUGGAGCUGUGGUGUACAUGCGGGACCAGCAUUUGGAGGAGAGGCUUCCGUUUCUUAAGCACAGAGAGAGGCUCCAGUAUCUCCUGGCACAAGAGCAUCAGCAAGGAUUCAGGGCCAGGACAGGAGGCGACCAAAAUGCAACUCUGGUUCCAGCUGCUCCUGAGGAAAGGCCCCUUUCCCCGCAGCCGACCAGGGGGUGCAAAGAAGAGAGGUCGUACCUGGAGGAACCUGUAGAAGGGAAAGUUGUUUGGAUAAACAGGGACAACGUGGAGCAAAGGGAGAAGGCAGAGGCAGCAAGAGAAUGUCUCCUGGACACACCUCUGGACCUGUCAGAUUAUGGCAGAAGGAGUGAAAACCUGAAACCUGCCAGCUGGCACAAAUCCCCCAAACAGCGUGAGGCUGACAGUCCAAGUCCGAUCCGUACAGAAAGCCCCACUCUUCAGACAGGCCGGAGCUCCAGCGUGCUGCCAAGAGCAGAGCAUGAGAACUCCCACCUAGCCUGCAGCCAGCUCCCUGCGGCCAAACCGCUGCAAAUCGGCAACGAGACUGAGCAGUUCAGUGCCAGAGAGCAAGAGGCCCUUGCGGCACCUUUGGUCCCUUCCUCACAAGGACAGCCCGCGGGCAAGCUAACAUCUUGUGAUCCUGCAACAGAUUCAGAGAUCAGGGUGAGAGUGUCUCCUAGGGCACAGAAGCGAGAACCAGAUGCUCAAACAGAGGAAGACGAUGCAGAGUCUGUGAAGCAGGACUCGGAUGAGCCCGACACGUCGGACAGCGAGGUGGCUGCCACUUAUGAACAUGAAACCCAUCAAGAAGAACACGCAGAAGGAAAACAUUUGUGCACAGAGGACAAGGAUGAGGUCUUGCAAAAGAAAAGGAAAAGAGGGCAGGAUCCAGGUAUUAAGGCAUAUAAGAAGUCAGUGAGAGGAAGAAGGAAAAUCAAAGCUCCCCAAGCACCAGCUGAUGCAGCAGAAAUUACAAAGGAAAUGGAGCACAACAGCCCUGCUUGCGGCAAUGACAUCUUUGAGGAGAACUAA